AGAGAGCCUGCUGAGCGGCGAGACCACACCACAGAGGCAGGGUUACCGCCCACGGCAAGGCCCCAGACCGGAAGUGGAGCAGCAGAGUGGACCACGUUUCCCAGAAUGCCUCGGGGCGGGGGCAAGCGGAAGGCUGAGUUGAGACCCGCUGCUGGGAGACAUUACGAGAGGGCCUGAUCCCUGGGCAGAGUUGGAUGCAGGCGCCUCGGGGAGGGGAAGCUACUGCGCGGAUCCAGCUGACACAUCUCGGGCCCGGCUGUGGCUGAGGAGAAGGCGCGGGGCAUGGCGGAGACCGGCUCGGUGCAUGAGACCAGGUUUGAGGCGGCCGUGAAGGUGAUUCAGAGCUUGCCCAAAAAUGGUUCAUUCCAGCCAUCGAAUGAAAUGAUGCUCAAGUUCUAUAGCUUUUAUAAGCAAGCAACCCAAGGACCCUGUAACAGUCCAAGACCUGGAUUCUGGGAUCCUAUUGGUAGAUAUAAAUGGGAUGCUUGGAGUGCUUUGGGGGAUAUGCCCAAAGAAGAAGCCAUGAUAGCAUAUGUUGAAGAAAUGAAAAAGAUUCUUGAGAGUAUGCCAAUGACGGAGAAAGUUGAAGAAUUACUACAAGUGAUAGGCCCAUUCUAUGAAAUAGUAGAGGAUAAAAAGAACAGAGGAUCUGGCCUAACAUCAGAGCUUGGUAAUGUUAUGACUUCCACACCAAAUUCAAAGGCCGUGAAUGGUAAAGCUGAGAGCAGUGACAGUGGAGCAGAAUCAGAAGAGGAAGAGGGUCAUGAAGAAGAAGAGGAAAAAGAAAUACAACAAAGUGAAAAAGACUAUAAGAAUGUAAAGCAGGACUCAGCAGCAUCUAAGGAUUUGGAAAGUAUUGUCACUAAUGGCUGUUAUAAGGACAGCUUUGUUCCAGAAAUGCAGAAUGGCAUCCAGACUAAAUCUGCCCUGAAUGGCUUAAAUGUGGAGGAAGAAAUAACGAAAGUGGAGCAAAGACUAGCACUAACGGGAAAAACUAAUAACAGUGGUCACCAAGGUUCAAAUGAAGACAGUGUUGAAGAGGUCUCAGGAAUUCAGCACUUGACAAGUGAUUCAGACAGUGAAGUUUUUUGUGAUUCUAUGGAACAAUUCGGACAAGAAGAGCCCUUGGAAAUGAUUACAUCAGCCAAAGGACCUUUACAGCAUUCAUCCCAUUUCUUGGAAGUAGAUCACAGUCAUCUGUUGGAAAAUGCUGGUUUUCCUGAGCAUGCUUACCUGCCCUCUGAAAAUUUUAGAGUUGAGGAUAUAACAGAGGCAGCAAGUGAAGGAAAAGGUGAAGUCAAGUGUGGGGGAGAAGAUGGCAAAAGCAGUGAUGGAGGCCCUCACAAAGAGAAGAAAGGCGGAGAAAAGGUGGAUUUCCAUGGAGUCAGAAGAGGGAGAGGGCAUAGGAUGCAGCCUCUGGGUGAUGGUGCUCAAGGUGGACAGAUGGGCAGUGGAGGGGAUGGAGAACGCUGGGGGUCAGACAGAGCACCAAGGGGCAGCCUCAAUGAACAAAUUGCAGUAGUGCUCAUGAGGUUACAAGAAGACAUGCAGAAUGUCCUUCAGAGACUGCAUACGCUGGAGGCACUGACAGCCUCCCAGGCAAGAUCUGUGACACUACAGUCAAAUUUACAUCCUGUCUCAUCUGUUAAGAGACCGUCGUGGUGGCCCUUUGAUAUUUCUCCUGGCACUUUAGCCUUUGCUGUUGUAUGGCCCUUCGUUGCCCAGUGGUUGGUGCAUGUAUACUUUCAAAGAAGGCGAAGAAAACUGAACUGAGAACUUAAUUUUUGAUUUUGCCUAAAGACUACUGGGACUGGGACAGUCUGGAGAGAGAAGGAAUUCAGAAUUCACAUGAGAACCUCAGGAUCUGAGAUGGCUAAAUCUUCCUUCGGUUGUAGUAAUUUAAUUUUUUGCACUACCUGGGAGCUAACUACAUAAGGACUAACAUUACUGAUACUUGAAUGAUCCACUGCUCCUAGAUUACAAGUAAAAUAAAUAAUUAUCCCACCCUCAAACUAUAUGAACAUUAAAUUAUUAAUCUUUUGAAAUGGAUUUCUGGCUGGGCAUUCUGUAGAGAUGACUGAUUUUUUUUUAUGGCAAUUAAUAAUGAGGGGGAUGUUAGCUUUGUAAAAAGAAAAAAUCCUGUAUAUAUGGAAUAGAAAAUUGUAAAACUGUCACUUUAACAUUAGGAUGAUUUUGCAAUUGCAGUAACUCAGAUUUCUUUCAUGUUACAUACUGUGCGAUAGAAGCAGUGACUGGGAAGACAGUGUAAGUCCUGUGCGUACAUUAUAAGGUGGCUGAAAGGCUGCAUGUAAUGUUGUAGCUCUGAAGGGCUCAACUGGUCUGUUUUGCUGCUAGACAGAUGUGGGGUACAUUUCUUUGUACAUCCGCCAUAGGUGGAAUCAAAUAUUUGACUGAAGAAUCCUGCCAUUCAUUGGCACUAUAUGUAAACCAAAACCACUUUAGCGUCUUGCAUGUUAGAGACACAGUAGUAACAUGGGGAUUGUUGAUUAUAAUGUUGAGAGCAGUGUAUGGUGUAAAGGAGCCAUAGAGAGAAGCUGUGCUGAAUAAUACUUUUCAUUCAUAUAUCUUUCUUUCUCUACUGCUAACUGGUUUCAUUUUAACCGAGACAUGAAGUUUAUGCACAUAGUGCUUUAAAAUACAAGAUGAAAACUAGCUACACCCAAUAUUUGUAAGAUUUUACAAAGUUUAGUCCCGUGUAAGCUAUUAUUUUAUGUAGUAGUUAUUUAAAGGAUAGAUGAAUUAAUCUAGCCCCAACAUCUAUGUGGCCUUUUCCCACCCCAAAACCUACUGGUGAGAAAACAUCUGUUUCCAUAUUUUCCUUGUAUCCUUCCCACUGCAUUCAAAUAUUUUCCAAAAUGUAUAUGCUAAUUUUGGUGCUGAUUAUCCUUUCCAGUGGUAUUUAUUCAUACAUAGAAAUUUUAUCAGUAUAAACAUGAAUAUAUUACAAUCUUGUGAAGUUUGCUUGGUCAAAGUAUGCUUUGCAGUUUGAUUAAAAAAAAAUGUAUCUAAGUUAUAUAGCCUAGAUCUAUGAGAAGGUGAGCAGUAUAUUAAGAUAUUUUCUGCACGAAGUAAGAAAUCAGACCUAGAUAGUAAAAUGGUUGCUUUGCAUCUGCAAUGAAGAGAAGAAAAAUUCCAUUAUGCCAUAACCUACAUUUAAAAUAUGAAUCUUAAACACUUUUUGCUGUCUCAUUCUUUAGUCAGCGAGAUAUAUUACAAAUAAUUCAUGGGAAAUGUCUCUUGGGAUAAGACAUGCUUUCUGCCUGUAAGGUCUCUUAUUUUAUAGUUUUGGAAAGCACUUUUCAUACAAGUUACACUGUAUAAAAUAGAUAUAAUUAUAGGAUUUAAUGUUUCUGCCAUGUUUAACAGAACAUGAUUUUAAUCUUGUCUUUAAAUACUUUAAAAAAUUUUUCUCCCUCUUGAUCUUUGAUGUAAAACUGAGUUACUAAAUAAAGUGACAAGAGAACAUCUCUGAUAGCACGUCUUCACAAGCAGCUGUUUUGGUGUAACGUAUAAACAAACGUAGCAUGAGUGGACAUGCUGAAAACUUAAAUCUGAAUUAAACCAAUCCUACAAUAGAAAUUUUGCUAUGGUUGAGAUUCUAGGCCUCUAUGAAGCUCUUCUGCCUGUAUUUUAAAUAGUUGAUUGUCGUAUUAUAGACAGUGAAAGAAUUAAGAUUCAUUACUGAGCAAGAAGAGUCUGCAUUAAAGGCUAAUUAUCAUGUUUUUUAAAAAAUGUGACUGCACCCUCAGUUACAGCAAAUAGUGGUGCAGAUGACCACACCCACUGUACCCUGCUUGUGUCUCUCUGGCUAUUAAUACAUGCACAAAGUAACUCAGUUCAUCUUUUUAAAAAAAGGUCUUUAACAAAUGUAGAAACAUUCCUCACACAGAAUAUCUGCUUUACUUCUGCAUCAUUUUGUAUUCAGUACAUAAGUGUCUACCAAGCCUCCCACCAUACCAUUUCAUGGAAAGAAGCAAGCUCCUGAAAGUUUUAAUACAAAGUGAAACCAUUAUUCCACUAAUGCUGCUUCCCUGUGCUCUUGCAGCACUAGCAGCCUAGGUAGAUAUCCUACACUAGACAUGGCUGUAGACCUCAUUGAGGAUCUAAUUGACUGGAUUAAAGUGGGAGUCUGAGACUAGACCUCCCCACCCACCAAGCAGCUAUAACAAGGAACCAUAAGGCCCACCAUAGAUCAUUUUCUUGCCUCUUUCCAACUCAUCUGCAGUGUUUUCUUUUCCUGUAACAGACUCCUUUCUGCCACUCCACAGGGCCCGAGAUAGUGGUUUACGAGACAAAUGACAGAAGGGCAUCAUAGCUUUAAUUCUUGAAAGUCUCUCUAAAUGAAUCAGAGUGGUUGGAGGAAUUCAGUAUGCUACUCCAACUGGUGCUGUCCAAAUCUUAGCUGCUGGCAGCCACAAUUGGGUUUGUGGAUAGUGAAGGUUGUUUUCCAUUUUACUUAGAUCUCAUCAAAGUAACUACACUGUGAUGUAGAGGUGUGGUACUUGCAGCACAGAUUGCCUGGUAGGGGCCAAAUCAAGAGAUGGCUCCUUGCCAUGGUUCCUAUAGGAACAGUGGCAGCUUGCAUACUGAUGUCAGGGAAGUAGACUUUUGCAGGGGGUAGAGUGUAGCAGAUGAUUAGAAAUACAAACAAGCAACCCUUGGACUGAAGGAGAAUACCAAACCUAGCUCCUGUGACCAGAUUAGCCUGCUAGCUCAGAAAGGCACAAGAAAGAUAGUCACAGAAGGCAAAAGCCUUAGGGACCCUGUAAUCAAGGCAGAAGCAGUAGUGCUGCUCUCCCCUGUCCACAGCAGCAGAUGAACGAAAGCCUAGGCACUACCAGCUGUAUAGAAUAGGCUCAUAGGGGCAGGGGGUGCCACAUGAUUGGCCAGUGGCCCAGUGCCUACACAUGAAGAGGACAGAAAAAUAUUAAAAAUAAACUAGUACUGCACAGGGGCAGCAUAAUUUAUAAAAGCAUUUGAAGAAUGGCUUAUCACUUAGAUAAGACAUUGCAAAUUGAUUCUUCCUCAAUGACAUAACUGACCCUAUCUGUUCUAAGUAGUUAUUUAAAUCUAGUGCAUAGGGGUGAGAGGUUGGAGGCAGAAGCAAAACAUGCAGCAACAAACUUUUUUCUCUUAACCACAUACACUAUAUAAAAUGUUCAGACUGGUCCUUCACUUGAACCUUAGCAUGAUACUUAUUAGCACAAGUAAAGGGUGCUCCUGCUGUGAACUUUAAAAGGAUUAUUUUUAUUAUACAGGUUUCAAAAAAGUUUAAAGGAGGAGAAGUGUCAAAAUGAAAUCUAAGGCUGUAGGUAGAAGAGGUGAAAUAGCAUAAAGCUACUGUGAAACAAACUGGUAAAGUGUACUGCUAGCUGGCUGGUCACACAGUUUCAUAAAGGACAGGUUCCAGUGUUCAAUAGAGAACAGAGUAAAAUGUUUUAUUUUACUAAACCAGUUAAAUUUAGCCCAUGAGCAGUCAGAGUUUGAACAAAGAUCAGCUGCUUAAAAGAUUCCACCGAGCUCAUUUGUAAAUGAUGGUAAGUGAGUUCCAGAACUGACUAGAGGCAUGUGGGUUAGGUUCUCCCAGGUAUGGGAGUGGUUCUAAUAGUUGAGUCUGGAGUUUCAAGGUUACUAAAGGCUAGGCUCAAUCAGCAAAAAGGUACAGUCAACAUUCCAAGGCUUCUUGGCCCCAACUGUCUAUUCCAUAAUAGAUGAAAAGUUUCUCAGUCUGAUUAAUAGUAGUAGUGACAUUGGCUACAGAGCUAAGCGCCUGAAAGCCAUGACUAACUACAGUAAUUUCAGUAGACUUGUCAACUGGACACAUAGUUAAGCUCAAGUAAUGUCAUGAACUAAGCUGACUUUGUGGUCAGCUAGAAGCUUUGGACUUGUGUAUAGAUUAAGGAACAAAUAUGGAGUAUAUAGAAACCAAGGGGCCUUAAAAGAAACUGGCUUAUCAAAUGCACAACAGACCAGAGGCAGCAUUCCACAGCUUCCAGGGACCAAAAGCCUCUUCUAAUGCACGUGUUAUGAUUGAGAUAACUAGUUACAGGAAGAUUAAAUUUGUCCAAGGCCUCCAAACCUCUUGUUUUAUGCUUCUGUCAUAGGAAAAUGGGAGGUGUUAAAUGGGUAACAAUGAAUCUUUGAAACAAUACAUGAUAAAAGGAUAAAGCUAAAACAAUUUUGAAAAAAGCAUUUGCUGGAUCAACUUUAGUCAACAUGUAGUCUUAAUUCCAUUGUCUGCAUAGUAACACAAAAAAUCAAGAUAUUAGAAUUAGAUAGAGAAUUUCACAUUAUGCAGCAGUACAGACCAAGAAAAAUAUGACCCUGUGCAAAAAUGUUUUAUAAUGAAUGCAUACCAUUCAUAUUAAUACUCUGCUCUCGACUUGUCUACAAAACUUACAUACAGUGUAAUGAAAAAUUCCCAUUUGUCAUUAUUUUGACUUGCAAGACUUUACUAUGGUAAAAUAUAUAAACAUUUAAAUUGGGUUCCUUGAUAGUUUUUGAAACAGAAUGGAUAGAUAUUAGGGUUCUUGUUUAUACAUGUUUUACAGUGGUUUCCUGUCUAGUUUUAUAUUAAUGCAUUAGACUAUGUAAAAAGAUGAUUAAACACUUCAAAUAGUUCUGUAGUUCACGAUGCACAUUGUAAUUAAAUUUGAAAGGUCUUUCAAUAAAAGCUCAUACAUUUGUGAUUCUUUAUAAA